CUAUACUAGCUUUGUUGACUUCAAAGAUUGCUUGAAACUUGAAAGUUCACUUCAAAUAUUCUCCCUUUACUUACCUCAAAUAGGAGUACAAAUAAAAUGGGGUUGAUGAGACUAGUGGGGAUAUCCCAAACAAAGAAAAAGUUUGCAAGAACAAUGUCUCCCAAAAAAGGAAGCAUUAGUAACCUUUGUACGAGGAGUUGGAAAAACGAGAGUAGGGACGAAGUUGUCGUUCCGAAGGGGCACUUCGCCGUGUACGUCGGCGAAGCGCGGCGGCGGUUUGUGGUUCCGAUAGGUUACUUGAGGAAUGCAAUGUUCCUGGAUUUGUUGGAUUGGGCAGAGCAAGAGUUUGGGUUUGACCAUCCCACCGGCGCUCUUACCAUACCAUGUAGCGAGGAUUACUUUAUAUGCCUCGCCUCACUACUCAACUCCCAAUCAUAGUCCUAGCUUGGCCUAGCUAGCUCACAAUAUAUCUUCUAUCUACCUCUCCUUUAAUUAGUGUGUAACGACAACUUCAAGUAGUAGUAGUAAUUACUCAUCACAUAUAUAUUCGUGAUGACCACAAUUUUGAUGUGUACGUUUGACUUUCAAAGCUAAGAUGAAUGAAUGAAAGAAAUUGCUUAUAAAACACACAUAAAUGCAUAAAUAGAAGUACAUUGUUUUGUUUUGAAAAUUGGAUUUGUUUGGUUCCGUAAAAAACGGAAAUCUUUCCAAUUAAAAGUUGGGAAAUUGGAAACGGAUAACCAUUAUACUAUAAAUCUCACCUUUCACAAAGAUAAUAUUUUGCAAAGAUAAGAAAAUAACUUGGACUAGCAGGUCAUUAACCGGUCAGGGUCCAGCGAGUGAAGAUGGGGGGCAAAAGUUCGAUUAUCCUUGGACCAGAUUGAGACAUGCAUCAGCCUGCCUCAAUCCUGUUUUUUAAUUCAUCCCGUGUUUUUCCUUCUUCACCUUGAUCUUCUCUUGUGUGCUCCUUCCACAUUCUCCUUCUGAUCUCUUCUUGUCACCUGGUCUAUUCUUGGUAUCACUUGAUUCUGGAGGAGGGCAAAGCAUCCGGUCAUCCAAAAUAUCAAUCACGAUGGAGCACCAGAGAAACCAACCUAUGAAGAACUCCAAUUCCGCCGAAGGCUGCGCAUGAACCCAAACCCAUCCCAUUAGACCAUGAGUCAUUUCCAUGUUUUGCUAAACUCUUUAACAGGGAAUGAAAAUUGUUGGGUCCUU